GUCACCAGGUCACCGGUCACCAGAUCACCAGGUCACCCAGGGUCACCAGAUCACCAGAUCACCAGGGAUACCGGGUCUGGUCACCUGGUCUGUGGUCACCGGUCACCGGUGUCACCGGGUGACACCAGGGUCACCACACCGGGUUACCGGACACCAGGUCACCGGGUCACAGACACCAGGAUCACCAGGGUGCAGGUCACCAGGGUCACCGGCUGGGUCACCGGGGUCACCGGGUCUGGGUCCCGGUCAACGGGGUCACCAGGUCUGAUCACCACCGGGUCACCGGGUCACCGGUCACCGGGUCACCAGGUCACCGGGUCACGGAGAUCACCGGGGUCACCGGGUCACGCACCGGGUCACCAGGUCACCGGUCACCGGUCACGGGUCACCGGGUCUCACCGGGUCUGCAGAUCCUGGUCCCGGGUCUGGGUCACCGGGGGGUUACGGAGGGUCACCGGGUCACCUGCACCAGGGUCACCAGGGGUCACCGGGUCUGGUCUGGUCACCGGUCUGGGUCUGGUCUGCUGGGUCUCCGCACCGGGUCACCGGUCUGGCUGGGUCACCGGUUCACCGGGUCUGGGUCACCGGGUCACCAGGUGGGUCACGAGGGUCACCGGUGCUGAGGGUCACCGGGGUCAGGGGUCGCCGGGUUCUGGGUCACCGGGUCACCGGGUCACCGGGGUCUGGGUCACCAGGUCACGGUACCGGUCUGGUCCCAGGUCGCAUGGUCAGGGUCACGCAGGUCACCGGGGUCACCGGGUCACCGGGUCACCACCAGGUCACCAGGGUCCCACCUGGAUCACCGGUCACCAGGUCACCCACCGGGUCACCUGGUCACCGGUCACGCAGGUCACCAGGGUCACCUCACCGGGUCACCACCCGGGUCACCGGGUCACCGGGUCACCAGGUCACCGGGGUCACCAGGUGUCACCAGGUCACCACACCAGGUCGCCAGGUCACCGGGUCACCGGUCACCGGGUCACCGGUCACCGGGGUCACCAGAUCACCGGGUCACCAGGGUCACCGGGUCACCAGGUCACCGGGUCACCGGUCACACACCGGGUCACCACCGGGUCACCACGGGUCACCAGGGUCCACACCAGGGUCCCACACCGGUCCACUCACCAGGUCACCGGACCGGUCACACACCGGGUCACCGGGGUCACCGGGUCCACCGGGUCACCACCGCAGGGUCACGCUCACCAGGUCACACACGCAGGUCACCACAGGGUCACCACCGGGUCCACACCAGGAUCACCGGGUUCACCACCAGGUCGGGUCACCGGGUCACCGGUCACCAGGGUCACACACGGGUCACCAGGUCACCAGGUCACCAGGGUCACCGGUCACCGGGUCACACACCAGGGCACAUGCACCAGUCACCAGGGGUCACCGCACCAGGAUCACGACACCGGGUCACCACCAGGGUCACCAGGGUCACCACACCGGGUCACCGGUCACUGCAGGGUCACCACAGAUACCGGUCACCAGGGUCACCAGGUCACCGGGUCAGGUCCGGGGAUCAGGUCACCAGGGUCUGGUCACCGCACCAGAGUCACCACAGGGUCACAGGUCACCGGUCACCAGGGUCACCAGGUCACCACCGGGUCACCGCACCAGAUCACCAGGAUCGCCACCGGGUCACCCGGGGUCACCACCAGGGUCACCAGGGUCACCAGAUCACCGGUCACCAGGUGCGACACCGGGUCACCGGUCACCGGUCACCGCACCGGGUCACGGGUCACCGGGUCACCGGGGUCACGGGGUCACCGGGUCACCGAUCACCGACACCGGGUCACCAGGUCACCACCGGGUUUCACCACACCAGGGUCACCAGGUCACCAGGUCACCGGUCACCCAGAUCACCGGGGUCACCGGUCACCAGGUCACCAGGAUCACCAGGGUCACCAGGGUCACCGGGUCACCGCGGGGUCACCGGUCUGCCUGAGGGUCACCACCGGGUCGGUCACCACCGGGUCACCGGGUCACCAGGUCACCAGGGUCACGCACACCGGUCACUGCACCAGGGUCUGCGAUCAACGGGGUCACCAGGUCACCGGGUGCACCAGGGUCACCAGGUCACCAGGGUCACCGGGUCACCGCAGGUCACCGGGUCACCAGGGUCCCGGUCACCAGGUCACCGGGUCUCACCGCACCAGGUCACCAGGGUCACACACCGGGUCACCAGGGUCACCACACCAGGGUCACCACACCAGGGUCACACACGCAGGUCACCAGUCGGGUCACCGCACACCGGGUCACCAGGGGUCACCAGGUCACCGGUCACCAGGUGCACCGGGGUCACCAGGUCACCAGGUCACCAGGUCACCGGUCACCGGGUCACCAGGGUCACCGGGUCUCACCGGUUCACCGCCAGGUCACCGGGUCACCGGGUCACCACCAGGUCUCACCAGAUCACCACCCGGGUCACCAGGUCACCAGGGUCUGAGGUCACCAGGUCACCACCAGAGUCACCGGGUCCACCAGGUCACACACCAGGGUCACCACACCAGGUCCACACACCAGGUCUGCACACCAGGUCACCACACCAGGUCCACACACACACCAGGUCACACCAGGUCACACACCGGGUCACCACCAGGGUCACCGGGGUCACCGGGUCACCAGGGUCACCGGGUCACCGGUGCACCGGUCACCGGUCACCACGGUCACCACCGGGUCACCGGUCUGCACAGGUCACCACGCGGUCACCGGGUCACCGGGUCCUACCGGGUCACCACGUCACCGGGUCACCACCAGGGUCACCAGGUCACCACACCAGGUCACCGGGUCCCGGGUCACCAGGUCACCAGGGUCACACCAGGUCCACACCAGGGUCCACCCAGAUCACACCAGGGUCAUACACCAGGUCACCACCAGGGUCAUCGCAGGGUCACCAGGUCACCGGGUCACCACCGGGUCACCGGAGUCACGCACACCGGGGUCACCACACCGGGUCACCAGGGUCACACACCGGGUCACCACCGGGGUCACCAGGUCACCGAGGUCACCAGGUCACCGGUCACCGGAUCACCAGGGUCACCACCGGUCACCUGGUCACCACCGGGUCACCAGGGUCACCGACACCGGUCACCAGGUCGCCACCGGGGUCACCACCAGUCCACCGGGUCACCACCGGGAUACCACACCAGGUCACCACCAGGGUCACCAGCACCAGGGUCACCCACACCAGGGGUCACCAGGUCACCGGGUCACCGGUCACACCAGGCCACGCACCGGUCGCACCACACCAGGUCACCGGUCCGCAGGGUCACCGUUCCACCGGGUCACCAGGGUCACCGGUCACCUGCGUUCGCACCGGUCACCAGGUCACCGGUCACCAGGGUCACCAGGGUCACCUCAGGGUCACGCAGGGUCACCAGGUCACCAGGUCACCAGGGUCACCGGGGUCACCUCACCAGGGUCACCACACCGGGUCACACCAGGGGUCACCAGACCAGGUCGCACCAGGUCACCACACCAGGUCACCGCACCGGGUCACACACCUGGGUCACCCUGGGUCACACCGGGUCACCACGGUCACCACACAGGUCUACCAGGGUCACCACCGGGUCACCACACCUGGUCACCACACACCAGGGUCACACACCGGGUCACCAGGUCACUCGGGUCACCACCGGUCACCAGGUCACCGUCACCGUCGCACCGGUUCACCACACCAGGUCACCACACACCAGGUCACCGGUCACACACCGGGUCACCAGGUCCCACCGGUCACACGUCACCCAGGUCACCGGGCGGUCACCAGGUCACCGGGUUCACCGGGUCACCGGGGGUCACCGGGUCACCACACGGGUCACCGGUCUCACCGGGUCACCACGGGUCACCGCACCGGUCACCAGGUCACCGGUCUGGUCACCGGUCACCACAGGUCACCACCAGAUCACCACACCAGGGUCGCACGCCAGGUCACCACACCAGGUCACCACACCAGGUCGCACACCGGGGUCUGGUCACCGCACACCGGGUCACCAGGCCACCAGGUCACCAGGCCAGGGUCUCACACCAGGUCACCAGGUCGCACCGGGUCACCACAGGGUCACCACACCGGUCUGGGGCGGUCACGCAGGUCACCGCACCAGGGUCACCGGGUCACGCCACCGGUCACCACGGUUCACCGCAGGUCACCGGGUCACCAGGUUCACCACCGGGUCUGCACCGGUCACCGGGUCACCGGGUCACCAGCACACCAGGGUCACCCGCUCACCGGGUCUGGCACACCAGGUCACCACACCGGGUCACCAGCAGAUCGGCACCAGGUCACCAGGUCACCAGGGUCACGCACACCAGGGUCUCCACCAGGGUCACCGGAUCACCGCACCGGGUCACCAGGUCCACGGUCACCGGGUCACCGGUCUGGUCACCGGUCACCGCCGGUCACCGGGUCACCACCGGUCACCGGUCACCGGGUCACCGCGGGUACCGGGUCACCACAGGUGCACGGGUCACCAGGUCACCACACACCGGGUCACACCGGGGUCACCGGGAUCACCAGGUCACCGGUCACCGCAUCACCGCACCGGGUCGUCCGGUCACCGGGUCACCAGACACCGGGGUCACCAGGUCACCGGGUCACCACCACACCAGGGUCACCAGGGUCACCGGGUCACCAGGUCACCAUACCCGGGUCACCGGGUCACCGGGUCGCACACCGGUCACCAGAUCCGGUCACCAGGUCACCAGGGUCACCGGAGUCACCAGGUCAGGUCACCACCAGAGGUCACCACACCGGUCACCACACCAGGUCACCAGGUCACCACACCGGUUCGCACCGGGUCACCACACCGGGUCACACACACCGGUCACCACCGGGUCACCACACCAGGGUCACCAGGUCACCAGGUCCAGGUCGCAGGUCACCGGGUCACCACCCACACCAGGGGUCACCGGGUCCCUGGUCACCAGGUCACCGGUCGCCAGGUCAGCCGGGUCACCAGGGUCACACACACCGGGGUCACCAGGUCACCGGUCACCAGUCACCAGGUCACCAGGGUCACCAGGUCACCAGGUCACCAGGUCACCAGGUCACCGCAGGUCACCGUCGCACGCAGGUCACCAGGUCACCAGGUCACGCACCGCAGGUCACCGCACCAGGUCACCAGGCGCACGCCAGGUCACCGGUCACCAGGUCACGCGCCAGGUCCUCACCAGGUCACCACGCCAGUCACCGCACCAGGUCGCCUGCGCGUCACCAGGUCACCAGGUCCACCAGGUCACGGGUCACCGGUCACCGGGUCGCCGGGUCGCCGUCACACCAGGUCACCGGUCCCAGGUCUGGUCCCACCAGUCACCAGGUCACCCGUCACCAGGUCACCAGGUCUGGUCACCAGGUCACCAGGUCUGGUCACCAGGUCAGGGUCACCCAGGUCACCAGGUCACCACCAGUCACCAGGUCACCAGUCACGCGGUCUACGCAGGUCUGCACCAGAUCAGCCGGGUCCUGCAGGGUCUCCACCAGGUCACCGGUCCUCAGGGUCGCACACCGGGGUCUGCGGGCCACGCAGUCUGCGGUCACCGGUCACCGGGUCACCGGGUCUGGUCACCGGUCUGGUCACCGGGUCAGGUCCUGACCGGGUCCACCGGUCACCGGUCGCCGGUCACCGGUCACCGCAGGUCACCGGGGUCACCGGGUCACCGACCAGAUCCGCACCAGUCACACGCAGGUUGCACCGGAUGCACGCGGGUCACCGCACCUGGGUCACCGGUCGCAUGGUCACCGCCGGUCACCGGGUCACCACCGGGUCUUGCCUGGGUCUGCGCGGUCACCAGGUCACCGGGGUCGCUUGCACCGGGUCACCGGGUCACCGGUCACCCACCGGGUCACCAGGGGUCACCGGUCUGCACCGGGUACCGCGGUCUGCGGGUCACCGGGUCACCGGUCACCGGUCUGGUCACCAGGGUCACCGGGUCACAGCAGGUCACCAGGUCACCAGGUCACCAGGGUCUUGCCAGGUCACCUGGUCACCAGGUCACCACCGGGUCACCAGGUCACACGCACACCGGUCACCAGGUCGCCACCGGGGUCACCACCAGUCACCAGGGUCACCACCAGGGGUCCACGCCAGGUCACCACCAGGGUCACCAGCGCCAGGGUCACCCACACCAGGGGUCACCAGUCACCGGGUCACCGGUCUCUACACACCAGGCACGCACCAGGGUCACUCACACCAGGUCACCGGUCCACGGGUCACCUGGUCCACCGGGUCACCAGGGUCACCGGUCGCCCGCAGGUCACCACGGUCACCGGGUCACCGGUCACCAGGUCACCAGGGUCACCACACCGGGUCACGCAGCAGAUCCACCAGGUCCACCAGGUCCACACACCGGGUCACCACGGGUCACCUACCACCGGGUCCCCACACCGGGUCACACCAGGGUCACCAGACCAGUCACACACCAGGUCACACACACCAGGUCACCACACCAGGGUCACCACCGGGUCACACCUGGGUCACACGGGUCACCGCACGGUCACGCACGCAGGUCACCGGGUACAGGUCACCGGGUCACCACCGGGGUCACCAGGGUACCGCACCGAGGGUCACCGGGUCACCACACGGGUCACCGGUCUCUGCCGGGUCACCACCGGGUCACCGGUCACCGGUCACCAGGUCACCAGGUCUGGUCACCGGUCACACACCAGGAUCACCAGCAGAUCACCACACCAGGGUCGCACACCAGGUCACCACACCAGGUCACCACACGGGUCUGCACCGGGGUCUGGUCACCACGCACCGGGUCACCACACAGGUCACCAGAUCACCGCGCCAGGUCUCCACCGGUCACCAGAUCGCCAUACCGGGUCACCCCAGGGUCACCACACCGGUCAGGGGUCAGGUCACCGGGUCACACACACCAGGGUCACCUGGGUCUACACCACCGGUCACCACCAGGUUCACCGCAGGUCACCGGGUCACCAGGGAAUCUCACCACCGGGUCUGCACCGGUCACCGGGUCACCACCAGGGUCACCGCCACACGCGAGGAUCACCUGGGUCGCACACACCAGGGUCCCCACCAGGGUCUACCUGGGUCACACACACCGGGUCACCAGGUCCACGGUCACCAGGGUCACCGGUCUGGUCACCGGUCACCGCCGGUCACCGGGGUCACCACCGGUCACCGGUCACCGGGUCACCGCAGGGUACCGGGUCACCACGGUGCACCGGGUCACCACGGGUCACCACACACCAGGUCACCGGGGUCACCAGGUCACCAGGUCACCGGAUCACCGCAUCACCACAGCAGGUCUCCGGUCACCGGGUCACGCACACACCGGGGUCACCAGGUCACCAGGGUCACCAGCGCACCGGGUCACCAGGGUCACCGGGGUCACCGGGUCACCAUAGGGGUCACCGGGUCACCGGGUCACGCACCGAUCCGGGUUUCCGGUUACCGGGUCACCACCAUGGUCUGGUCACCAGGUCACCAG